UCGCUUUCAUCUGUUGUCUUCUUCCGUUGAUAUUAUCUGAAAAGAUGAUGACGAUAAGUCUCCGAUUCAAAAUGUGAUCGGCGCCCUCAUUAUGUGUGAUUCGCUUCACUAAUCAAAUCCAGAUCUGGGAGCUUGCUUUUUCCAACUGUGUUUUCCUCUUUGGUGAUUUCGACUUGUUUCUUUGUAAUUCGUCGAUUUCCCCCUCUUUUGAUCAUCCCCUGCCUGUUUUACUGUAAUUUGUUGAUUUGGCUCUUUGUUCAGUUCCGAGGAGAUCCUUUUAUNGGGGGGGGGGGGGGAGAUGGAUUAAUUAAGGUUUUGUGGGUGUGUUUGGUUGCACAACGAACUCAAAUCAAAAUUUUUGCUUGCUGUUGUUUUGGUUUACAGUGGGUUUGGUGCAAUUCUUAAGUUGGUUGGUGUUUCGCACUGAUCACAAUACAUCUGGCAAAUGCGUCAUAUGGCCGAUCAAACUUUUAUCGCUUUAGGUUCCGAUGAUAUUUUGGGAGCUGACCAUGCUUUGGUAGUAGGGAAAGAGUUUCCCGAUGUGGAAACUUGCAGAAGAACUUUGAAAGAUUUGGCUUUAGCUCUGCGCUUCGAUCUUCGUAUUGUGAAAUCUGACCGAAGCAGACUCAUAGCCAAAUGUUCAAGGGAAGGUUGUCCGUGGAGAAUUCAUGUAGCUAAAUGCCCUGGCGUUCCCACAUUUUCGGUUAGGACACUUAACGGCGAGCACACCUGUGAGGGUUUAGAUGAUCUGCAUCAUCAUCAAGCCUCGGUUGGUUGGGUUGCAAGAUCGUUAGAAGCACGGAUUAGAGAUAAUCCUCAGUACAAACCAAAGGAGAUAUUACAAGAUAUUCGUGAUGAGCAUGGUGUUUCGGUUUCUUAUAUGCAGGCUUGGCGCGGGAAAGAGCGUGGUAUGGCUGCACUUCAUGGUACUUUUGAGGAAGGCUAUCGUCUUCUUCCUGCUUAUUGUGAGCAGAUCAAACUAGUUAACCCUGGGAGCUUUGCUUCUGUUUCUUCCUCUGGACCUGAAAACUGUUUCCAGCGCUUGUUUGUUGCGUACCAAGCAUGUAUAUCGGGAUUCACUAGUGGCUGUAGGCCGCUUCUUGAGCUCGAUAGAGCGUAUUUAAAAGGUAAGUAUUUGGGUACGAUGCUCUGUGCGGCUGCGGUUGAUGCUGAUGAUGGUCUUUUUCCUCUAGCGAUUGCCGUUGUUGAUAUAGAGAGCGAUGAGAACUGGAUGUGGUUUCUCUCGGAACUGAGGAAACUUCUCGGGAUGAAUUCAGAGAGCAUGCCGAGAGUAACUAUACUCUCGGAGAGACAUUCAGGGAUUGUGGCGGCGGUGAAAUCUCACUUUCCUACUGCUUUUCACGGGUUUUGUCUCCAUUACGUGAGUGAGAACUUCCGGGAUACGUUCAAGAACACUAAGCUGGUUAAUAUGUUCUGGAGUGCCGUUUACGCUCUCACCGCAUCAGAAUUCGAAUCCAAGAUGUCUGAGAUGAUCGAGGUAUCGCAGGACGUUAUACAAUGGUUUGAGCUCUUUCCACCUGAGCUUUGGGCGGUUGCUUUUUUCCAAGGCCUAGUACGUUAUGGUCAUUUUGCGUUAGGUAUCACGGAGAUAUUGUACAAUUGGGCUAUCCAAUGUCACGAUCUCCCGAUCAUUCAAACAGUGGAACACAUUCGAAAUCAGUUGUCGUCUUGGUUCGAUGCCAGGCGUGAUUUAAGCUUGAGAUGGAACUCUAUACUAGUUCCAUCGGCCGAUAAACGGAUUGUAGAAGCUAUCUCGGACGCAGAUUGUUACCAAGUUUUGCGUGCGAACGAAGUCGAAUUCGAGAUUGCUUCAACGGAGAGAACAAACAUCGUGGAUAUCCGAACACGAGUAUGUUCUUGCAACCGUUGGCAGCUUUACGGUUUACCAUGUGCUCACGCAGCGGCAGCACUUAUCUCGUGCGGACAGAACCCCCGUCAAUUCGCAGAGCCAUGCUUCACGGUUGGCAGCUAUCAGCAGACAUACGCCCAGAUCAUAGGUGAAACUCCAGACAUCAACUUGUGGAAAAAGAAGCAACAAGAACCCGGGAAAUGCGUACCUUUAAUACUACCGCCUAAGACACGGAGACCGCCUGGUAGGCCGAAGAAGAAAGUAGUUCGAGCUGAGAAUCUCAAGAGACCGAAAAGGAUUGUUCAAUGUGGUCGUUGUCAUUUGUUGGGACACUCUCAAAACAAAUGCACACAACAGCCUAUUUGAUCCUUUUAUACCUCUUAAUUUGGAUGUAAGAAGUUGUAAAUUUGUAAUCUUUGUGAUAUAAUAUACAGUAGAACCUCUAUAAAUUAAUACUCGGUAAAUUAAUAACU